AUGGCGUCGGCAUCGCGCGUCCCGCUUCUGGUCAAGAGCAAGGGCCGCAGAUCGUCUCGAGUGUCGAUCGCGCCGCGCGCAAGGCCUUCGCACGGUCCUCGAGCAAACCGAAUUGCGGCCGCAGACGAUGGAAAAGUCCUGGAAGUUGAUGGUCCAAUGCUAAAGGUUCCAGAGACCGAUGUGGCUGCAAGGAAGUGCCCUGACCGACGAGCGAAGGUAGUGUCGAUUGCGAGCACAAGCACAGUGGAGUCGGUUGAGCUGUCCAUUGCGGAAGACCGAGGAGCUGAUUUGAAGUGUGCAAGUUCUAUUGAAUCCGUGACGGUAUCAACUACAGUAGUGAAGUCGAAGAGAGCUGGCAAAGGUGCGGCGAUUGCAACGAUCAGUGCUUCUACUGCCACGGUACGAUCAUCUGGUGUGCAGACGCGACGAGCUGGCGAGAUUGCGGUUGGUGGCUCAUUGUCUGCGACACUGCCGUCCAACUCAGCGUCAGCGGGUUUGCAUACAGAACAGAAAGCCACUGUGCUUCCGCCUUCGGUACUGCCAGUGCAGCGCCGUGAUGAAAGGCUUGCAAAGAUAACGUCAGCUGGACCGGUAUACCAAGCAAGUCCUGUGAUGCGCCCACGUGCGGGUAGCAUUGGGAUGCCACCGACAGGGCGUUCGCGUGGUGUAAGUCUUGGCAGCUCGCCAUCAGAGGGACCGCAAAAAUCGCUGCCUCAUCGACUUGUGCGGAAACUAGAAGUCAAGCCGCACCAGUCGCCUCGACGUUCUGCGAUGCAAGGGCAACAAGAAGGAUUACGCAAAGCAGGUGAAUCUGCAUCACCACUGAUACUCGGGAGCAAGUCGCUGAAAGAAGUUCCUGAUAUGCACCUCGAUGCACAGCAGUCGCAAAGUGAACCAUCUGCCAAGACCACUCGCGCGCAGGCUGUGCGUGCUACGAAAAGAUUGGGAAAGCGGCGUCAUGCCGACGAGAAUGCGUCCGUAGAGACUAGCGGUACUACUAGCGUAUCCCGACGACGAUCGUUGGAGCGAAAAGUCAAGCGUUCGACUUACCGUGAGACGGGUGGCAGCAGCAAUUCGGAAAGCGAGCCAGAUGACGAUCGGGAUGAGGACGUGAAUCCAGACGACCUUGACCUCCCAGAAGAGGCGACAAAGAUCUACGUGCCUGCACGAGAGCGGGCGACAAUGUGGGCUAAGUCCAUUUUACGCAAGGACGAGGACGACAAGAAAGGACGUGACACAGAGGAUGCUGAUGCUUCACGGGCGAUAGUCUUGCGUGCGCAGAACUCCGCAGGACGUAAGAAGCCGAACAAUACAAAAGCAUCGUCAGUGUCGUCGGCUGACAGGGGAAUCGGUAGUGGUAUGAUGUCACGAAACGAGAUGGAGAAGCUUAUGAAGAAAGAGCCGUCGGAGAUGACCAUGGGCGAGUUGGCCCUCACUGUACCCAAGGGUAGGCGGACUCAGCUGCACGAGCGUGAAGAAGCCGCGGUGGAUACAAGUCAACCGGCAGAUUUGUCUGGACGGGAAACUUCGGACCUGAUAAACAUGGACGCACUCGAUCACGUACACUCGCUGUCGGUGUCGUCCGAGUCCGCUGCUUUCGCGGGCUCACUCGUGACGCCGCAGGUUCGUAUCAUCGAUGGUCAAAUGGUUGUUCUGGAGAACACCAUCAAGCUGGGUGACGAGCUGCAGCGCACGGAUUCACUAGGCGAAAAUAGAGUCGGCGGGGGAACUUCGGGCUUGCCGCCGCGACACUCAGGUUCACGCUAUAAAUCUGCUCAUUCGAAAGGUCCAGGCAAGCGCUGGGGUCAGGAGGAGACGAAACAGUUCUACUAUUGUCUGAGCCAGGUUGGUCCCAACUUUUCCAUGAUGGCAACGCUGUUUCCAACGCGGAAACGCAAAGAGCUGAAGAGCAAAUUCAAGCACGAAGAGAGGAAUCAUGCCAAGCUAAUCGAGAUCGCGUUGCGUGCGUCCGCAGCUCCUUUGGAUUCCGAGAUGGUGGACGUUAUUUCACAGAUGGUUGACAGGGAGGCGCAGCAGAAACAAGGGACUCUGAACAGGAAGCGAAAGUCGUCACUGCAGCUCCAUAGCGGACAGAACGAUGACACGGCAUCCGUGUCGACUCCGAUGACUUUAUCGCCAAUGUCGACACCGCACGUGGAUACAGAGGAGUUUGUCGAGACACUGAACGAUGAAGAUUUGUUUCCAUCCAACCGUCAUGACUCGUUCGACUUUAGUGGGUGA